AUGACUCAGUCCCCUCUCACCACUGCCACACUCAUGACUCCGCCCCCUCUAACCACUGCCACACUCAUGACUCCGCCCCCUCUUAACCACUGCCACACUCAUGACUCCGCCCCCUCUCACCACUGCCAUACUCAUGACUCCGCCCCUCUAACCACUGCCACUCAUAACUCCGCCCCUCUAACCACUGCCAUACUCAUGACUCCGCCCCCUCCCACCACUGCCACACUCAUGACUCCGCCCCCUCCCACCACUGCCACACUCAUGACUCCGCCCCCUCUUAACCACUGCCACACUCAUGACUCCGCCCCCUCUCACCACUGCCAUACUCAUGAAUCCGCCCCUCUUAACCACUGCCACACUCAUGACUCCGCCUCUCUCACCACUGCCAUACUCAUGACUCCGCCCCCUCUCACCACUGCCAUACUCAUUACUCCGCCCCCUCUCACCAAUGCCAUACUCAUGACUCCGCCCCCUGUCACCACUGCCAUACACAUGAAUCCGCCCCUCUCACACCACCGCCACACUCAUGACUCCGCCCCCUCUCACCACUGCCACACUCAUGACUCCGCCCCCUCUCACCACUGCCAUACUCAUGACUCCGCCCCCUCUCACCACUGCCAUACUCAUGACUCCGCCCCCUCUCACCACUGCCAUACUCAUGACUCCGCCCCUCUAACCACUGCCUUACUCAUUGACUCCGCCCCUCUAACCAAUUGCCACACUCAUGACUCCGCCCCUCUCACCACUGCCAUACUCAUGACUCCGCCCCCUCUCACCACUGCCAUACUCAUGACUCCGCCCCCUCUCACCACUGCCAUACUCAUGACUCCGCCCCUCUAA